CGCGCCGCCCUCCGGCCCGGCCCCGACCCGCGCGGGCCCCGGGGGCUGCGUGCGCGCCGAGCGCAGGCUGAGAUCGGAGCGCGCCGGCGUGGUGCGGGAGCUGUGCGCGCAGCCCGGCCAGGUGCUGGCCCCCGGAGCGACCCUACUUCGGCUGGAAGAAUGCAGCCACCCGGUGGUGAUGAAGGGCUUGUGUGCCGAGUGCGGCCAGGACCUGACGCAGCUGCAGAGCAAGAAUGGGAAGCAGCAGGUGCCUCUGUCCACGGCCACCGUGUCCAUGGUGCACAGUGUCCCCGAGCUGAUGGUGAGCUCAGAGCAAGCGGAGCAGCUGGGGAGAGAAGAUCAGCAGCGGCUGCACCGGAAUCGGAAGCUGGUGCUCAUGGUCGACCUGGACCAGACCCUGAUCCACACUACAGAGCAGCACUGCCAGCAUAUGUCCAACAAGGGCAUCUUCCACUUUCAGCUGGGCCGCGGUGAACCCAUGCUGCACACCCGUCUGCGGCCACACUGCAAGGAGUUUUUGGAAAAGAUCGCCAGGCUCUACGAGCUGCACGUCUUCACCUUUGGCAGCAGGCUAUAUGCUCACACCAUUGCAGGAUUUUUAGAUCCCGAAAAGAAGCUGUUUUCUCAUCGGAUCUUAUCCAGGGAUGAAUGUAUUGACCCGUUUUCCAAGACAGGGAACCUCAGAAACCUCUUCCCAUGUGGAGAUUCCAUGGUGUGUAUCAUCGACGAUCGAGAAGAUGUCUGGAAGUUUGCUCCCAACUUAAUCACGGUGAAGAAAUACGUGUACUUCCAGGGCACGGGUGACAUCCAUGCACCCUCUGGCCCCCGGGAGCCCCCAGCCCGCAGGAGAGUGAAUCAUUCUCCCAAAGGUGCCGAUGUCCCAGAACACGUCUCAUCCAGCAGAGACCCUGAGGAUGGAAGGCACAUUUCUGGUGUGGAGCAGAGUAACGGCCUCGGGAAGUCCCCAAGGGACUGGCCUGCCCCUGUUGCGAUGGAGGAGCGGGGCGCCCGGUCUACACCCCGUACUGAUGGCAGGGGCCCUUCAGUGGGCCCUUCGCAACAGGGCCGGACGCUGGCAGAGGAGCGGCCUCCUCAGGGCCCAGCAGCCGGGGACCUGCACUUUGAACUCUCCAGUGACAGCUCAAGCAGCAGCGAGUCUGAGGGCCGCUCGUCCUCAGCCUCUGAGGGCGAGAGUGGGGAGCCAAGGAGCCGCCGGAAACCUCAGACUGCACGGGGCGCAGGGAGAGCCGCUCCGCAGGGCGGGGAGAGGCCAACCGGGCCUAACCAUUGUGGCGAUGCAGUGGAUGGACCCGAGGAAGCUGAGCGGGAUGGGCUGUGUGGGCUGGGUGGUGGCUGUGUCGACCGCAAAGAGGCUGAGACUGAGUCACAGAACAGUGAGCUGUCAGGUAUAACAGUGGGCGAGUCCCUGGACCAGAGUGUAGAGGAGGAGGAGGAAGAGGAGGACACGGACGCUGACGACCACCUGGUUCAUCUGGAGGAGAUCCUGGCCCGUGUGCAUGCUGCCUACUAUGCCCAGUAUGACCGCUUCCUCCAAGGAGACCUUCCAGAGGCCCCAGACAUCCGGAAAAUUGUCCCUGAGCUCAAGAGCAAAGUGCUGGCAGACGUGACCAUCCUGUUCAGUGGGCUGCAUCCCACAAACUUCCCUGUUGAGAAGACUCGGGAGCACUACCAUGCCUCAGCCCUGGGGGCUAGGAUCCUCACACAACUGGUGCUGGACCCCAAUGACCCUGACAGGCCCACCCACCUGGUGGCUGCUCGGGCUGGCACGGAGAAGGUACGGCAGGCCCAAGAGUGCGGCCAGCUGCAUGUGGUCAACCCCGACUGGCUGUGGAGCUGCCUGGAGCGCUGGGACCAUGUGGAGGAGCAGCUCUUUCCACUCAGGGAGGACUGUGGCCGCACACACAGGGAGGAUGGUCCAGCCGCCUUCCCCGACAGGCAGAGUGUGCUGCCCCCGGCCUUGUUCCACCCGACACCCGUCCAUCCCAGGACCCAGGCUGGCCCUGAGCUCCGCAUCUACGAUGCCAACACAGGCAAACUCAUCCGGAAGGGCGCUGCAGGCCCUGGCCCCCCAGGCUCCCUGGCCGUCCACGGGGAACACUCCUCCUUCAGAGUUGUUCAGCCUCCUCAGCAGCAGAUGUUCGGCGAAGACUUAGCAGAUAAUCAAGAAGGCACGCAGCCAGGCCCUUCUCGAAGGAAACGGCAGCCCAGCCUGUCGGAGACUCUGCCACUGUACACACUGUGUAAGGAGGACUUAGAGAGUAUGGACAAAGAGGUGGACGACAUCCUGGGAGAAGGCAGCGAUGACAGUGACAGCGAGAAGCGGAAGCCGGAGGAGGAGCCCGAGAGGGGCCCUGAGCACAGGGAGCCCCUGACCUCAGGGGCCCCCCAGGGACACCCCGUACUAAGUGCCCCAUCUGACAAGAGCGCAGUAGAUGGACGUGGGCCCAGGGGUCACAAGAGGAAGCUGAUGGAGGCCGAAUUGGGCAGUGCUUCCAGUGGGGAGUCAAGCUGCGAGGAUGAGGACGAAGAGGGCAGCAGUUCAGAGGCAGAUGAGAUGGCGGCUGCCCUGGAGGCGGAGCUCAGCGACCUCAUUUGAGUUUAGGCAGCCCUGCCACCGGUGCCCCAAGCCUGUGCCCCUCCCCCUGAUGCCCCAUCUACAGACUGCCCCGCAGCCAGGCCUUGGGGAGGAUUGGGGUGACAGUGCAGACCAGCCAAGAUCCAGUGUGGUGACAGCCAGGAAGGAGCACCAGAGCCGGAGGCCCAGAGGCCACCAUUGGGCUGCAGGACCCUCCCCAGGAGUCACUGAAGCGCCAGCCUCAGGAGUCUCACAUCCGGGCUCCCAUGUAAAAUUUUGUAAAUCUUAUUUCAUAGCUGGCCCACCAGAUAAAUUUUCCUUCAUUUAAUAAAGGGCCUUUUUUUAA